AUGUCGAAUAAGGCGUAUUGUUUGUCGAUGUGUCCGCAAUCAGAAGUUAUUUUUCGUCGUAAAAAUGGUCUUGUUCACUUUUGGAAUGAAAACGAUGAAGAAUCGCUUGAAAAUGCGAAAAAGCCGGACGAUUCUCAUUUUAUGGUUAAAGAAUAUACGCGUUCAGCAGCAGGAAAAGAAAUUUUAAAUUUUCAAGUUUUAAGACCAUUUUCAGUUUUGGAGAAAACUGUUUUUCAUCUUAUGAAAAUUGCGAAUAAUUUAAAGUCGAAUGAUAAUUGGUCAUUAGCAUAUGGUUUUAUUACUGAUCGUUUGCGUGCUGUUCGACAAGAUAUGACAGUACAGCGUUUGAAUCCCAUGGAAAGCCUGCAGUUGCUGGAAUCUAUUAUUAUCUUCUAUAUAAAAGCAUUCUACAGGUGUGAAAUUGGAAUAGAUAGAUGUGCUACGUACGACCGCAAAUUGCACCGAAUGCAAUUAUAUGAUUGCCUUGCUGAUUGGAGAGAACUUUUCGAACAUUUGAAGUUAGAAAAUGAACGAAUAUUACAAUGUUACCUUUUUGUAAAUGCACUGGAGCCAUGGUCCUUAUUGCAAUUGAAAAGAUGGAAAUCUUUUUUGUCUAUCGAUAGUCUUAAAUUCGCUGAGGAAGCAAUUAUUUCCAUGCGAACGAAAAAUUUUGUUCGAUUUUUUCGAUUGAUUUCGAAGCAAAAUGAUCUUAUUUUGAGAUGUUCAAUGCUUUUUCAUGCGUCUUUUAUGCGAUUUUCGGCGCUUUUAGCUUGUUCUAUAGCAUAUAAGUGCCGAAAUGUUAAAUUACCAUUUCAUUAUUUACUGCGAGUGUUGAAAAUGGAUAAAGAUGCACUUUGCCAGGCAUUAAAUGAAAUUGGCUUUGAGGGAAAUGAUUUCUAUUCGUUUGGAGUUGAGGUGAAUUCAAACAUUGGUUUAUCAUCUGCUCACUGGUUGAAAACACAAGAAAUCGCUGAAUAUUUUUGA